AGUAUUUAAUAACGAUGGCAUAGUAGACGAUGCGGGCAUUGUCGUGACCGACCAUCGACGCGAGGUUGGAGAUUUUUGUUGUCGCUAUUCGCUAAGCCACCUCGAUGGCUGUCUUGAAGGUGAUACCCAAGCAUUGUUAUUACCGGAGAACGUUUGGUCGUUGAUGUUUUUCUCGCGUUCCAUGAUUGCUAUUUACAACGACGAGUCUCAGGAUUAUUCGCUAAUGUUUCGAUCCCUCCUAUAUAAUAUCGUAACCACCACGGUUCCUUCCUCCAAAAGUAGUUUCAUUAUCGCCAACUAGCAAUCAUGCGGAGAGAAGUGGUUCGCUUUCCCUUCGCCGAAGGAAAUCAAUCCAUAAAUAUCAAGGACAAAUUGGAACCAGUUAACUGGAUAUUUCCAGCGGUGGCUGUAUCGAAUAGGGGAUGAAAUUCUCAACUACACAUCCGCACGUGAAUUCGUGAUCCGCGACACGAGCCAGUGGAGCCAGCCCCGAAGAAACAGCGAGGAGGACGGUCCGCGAGGACAAGCGUGUCGCCGAAGAAGGGAUGCGGUGUAAAAAAGCGAUAAACGGAAAACGAGUCGUAGAACGAAGCGGCGAUGCCGAGCGGAGAGGAUAUAACUCGAGGUGGAGCGUCGGUAGCUGAUACACACGAGAAUCACUAUGGACGAGGGGUAAACACGAUUUACACCAUGACGACUAUUGCCUCUCCUCUCGUCCAAAGGGCUACGCGUAGCGAGGGUGAGUUACAACACAGGGAGAUACUCCGCACAGAAGCAGGGAUGUUUGUUGUACGCGUUAUUUGGCCAAUAAAACCACGUGGUGGUUCCACCACCCCCGCGCCAACAGCCGAAGAGAGACGAUCGGUCGCGAUGGAAAGAACGAGAGGAGAGAUCGCAGACCACGCCUCGGGAGCUUCUCGACGCCUGCGUGGUACCGCCUAUCGAGCACGCUUUCCUCGGCUGUCUAACGCGACUCCGAAACGCGACACAAUCCAGCUGGGAGCUCCUUGGACGGCUCGAACGCGAUACCUCCGGUUUUACGGUCAUCCCCCAGUUGCGAGAUCACCAGUGCUUGUGUCACUUCCCGCUGGACGCGUUGCGGACGAUCCAACCGAACCAGACUAGUGACAAGUUCCUUUUUGUGCCAGGUGAUACCUGACAUGGGACGUCGUUCGAAACGCGAAGAUUAGUCGCGUUGAGAUGGACAAGGUUGGAUGUUUGUGCUCGAACCAAGAGAUGUGGAUGAAAAGCUGAUGGGAAGUGGAAGAACAGUCGGAAGACCCGUGCUGGAAAGCUAGUCGAGGUGUAUUGGUGUGUUGGAAAAUGCGGUGUUUCGGGAGAGGAAGAGCCGAGACGAUAUCAAACUUCACCUACCGGUGCCAGGAUUGACCACGUUUGACUGGUGCGUUCGGGAGUAAUCGAGGAUCUAACCAGUGUCAGGAGUUAAGAGGAUACCAGGAGACACCUAUCGCAAACCCUUCCCAACUGCAACAGGCUAGUUCGAGUUUAAGAAUGUUCGAGUGUCUGGACCCCCAGGACUCCAUCGUUGUCAUAAAACAUUCGCUCUAAGAAGUCAUGUCCGUAACUCUUGAACUGUCCAGGAUUUUUAAUUAAAACUUCCCCAAGCGGAUAUCCAAACGUACCCCAACACCUCCGAGUCGUAAGACACGCGAGACGUAUCUCCAACGUAUCCAUCGUAAAUUGGUUCGAGAUCGUGGUCGGAUCCAGCUCUGUGACAGUGAUCGAGGCCUGCUCGAAGCUGUGCGCCGUUCGAGAACGUUUGAGGUAGAUCGCGGCGAUCGCGGUCGGUUCGAUCGAGAAAAAGCGGUUCUGUGGAUCGACGGUGGUCCGCGAGGGUGUGGAGGAAAUCAGGAAAGUGUUGUUCAGCCACGAGUCCAGGAUUCUCACCCCCGGAGGCGGUACCAUUUCGCCGGGGGGCGCGGGGCCGCCCGCGAGCCCUUCUUCGGGACACUAUCAUCCACCAGCGCACAGUCCACCACUGGUCAAGAUUGGAACUGUUCACACCCACCAACCGAACAAUAACCAUCACCACUCGCAUCAUCAGCAACAGCAACAGCAGCAACAGUCGAGUCAACCGCAGGUGCCUGGAGUCGGAGGGGGUGGAGGGCCGGGGGGUGGCACGGUGGCCAGGGCUGGGGGAAUGUUCUGCUACCACUGCCCCCCGGGUCUCCCAACACCGCGAUUACCGCCAUCCCUUGACUACCCCUUCACCGCGACUCACCCCUACACUAGUUACUCUCCGUAUCAUCCGGCUUUGCACGGUGUCGGGGAGGAUUCCUUCGGGAGGCGAAAGCAGAGGAGAAACAGGACUACCUUCACCCUCCAACAACUCGAAGAACUAGAGUCUGCGUUUGCGCAGACACACUACCCGGAUGUCUUCACCAGGGAAGAUCUGGCGAUGAAGAUUAACCUCACGGAGGCCAGAGUUCAGGUAUGGUUCCAAAAUCGCAGAGCAAAGUGGCGGAAAAGCGAACGUUUGAAGGAGGAGCAAAGGAAACGCGAGGGUGGCGGAGGGGGUGGUACAUUGGAGACUACAGGACUGGCACCGCCAUCGUCUUCAUCGGCAGGUCCGAGUCCCACCGGGCACGAUCCCGAAGGUACAACGAGCAGCAGCGCCCCCGACGCUGAAGACGCCGGGCCAGAUGGAGCUGGAGGAUCGAGGAGCCCCAGCACGACUUCCGCCUCGGUCAGUCCGCGGCCCCAGCAGAGUCAGCCGUCCCUGGGUGGCGUCUCGACGCCACCGCCAACCCCCAUAAGGGCGCCACCGCCGCCACCUAGCACCGUAGGGGGCCUCGGACCGCCCGCCGAGAGUGGUCCAGGGUUGGCAGCGGGCUUCAGGCCAGUGGAACCACCAACGUCGCUCUUCUUCUCUCCUCACCUGGCGGCCCAGUUCUCCCCGCCGUUGUUCGGCAACAAGGUGGUCAGCAGCGCGCCGACAUCUUUGACCUCGACGACGCCUUCCCUGUGGACCACGAGCGACCAUCGACCCAGCAGUCUCCAGGACAUGUUGUCCUGGUCACCGGCGGGUUGGCCUGGCUCCAUGUGCGGAUGCUGCAAGCCUGGAACCGGCGAUCUUCAUAGGAACAGCAGCCUAGCGGAGCUCAGAAGAAAAGCUCAGGAACACUCGACCGCCUCGGCUCUUCUGGGAGGACUCGCUGGUUUUCCAGGCGGGCUACCCCUGCCCCUGCACCUGCCGCUGCUACCGCCCCUGCUGGGACUCUCCAGGAGGCCCGAGCAUCACCACCACCAUCUACCCAGUAUAGUGCACCAGAUACAACCGACCACGAAAGAGGAUCCCUAAGAUCGUCGCAGCACUCGCGUACCAGCCGAUCGAAUCGACUGGCCAUUGCAACUGGGCACGUAUACGUUUCUGGACACUGGUUUGCCGUUGUUCUCGUUUCUUUUCCUGUCGUUUAAGAAUGAUAAUAUUUUAGACACGGUUGGAGGGACUGAGGUGGUGGGCAGAUUGUGUAUUCGAGGGGGUAACCAUUGCGCGGAGGUAGAGAAGGACGAGCAGAGUGUCCUUUAUAGUUUUGGCUUGCUAAAAUAUUUACGAAUGUGUUUUUGUAAUUUUAUUUUGUAGCUUGAAAAAUUCAGGAGUGGAAUCGUUUCUGGAGCAGGCGACUUUUCGUUAACGCAAUUUUUUAAUUUCGACCCGCGGUCCGUUUGUACAUUGUUAUUGUACAAAAAGUACAACCUCUUUUUUUUUGUCAUUUUCUGAUUCGAAUUAAGUUUUAUUAGAAACGAAAGUAAGAUAAAUCGCGGAUAACAUCGCCCCUCGUUCCAGCACCCUGGUUACACCCCUUGCUAUGUUCGAGAGCAUUCGAGGUCUCGAGAGAUGCCCGUGCUCGUGUUGUUGAUGCAGUUGUUGAGAAACUAUUAACUUGAAAGUAGUCCUUAAUUCGGAUACUUAGAGGUACAAUCUCGAUCAUCUUUUUUUUUUUUUUUUCGUUUUUAUUACGUUCGCGUUCAUUUCGUCGAAUCUGGAAUUUCGUGUGUAUUAACGUUUUUGAAUUUUAGUUCGAUUUUGCGAAACCACGGAAGAGUUCGAUUUUACAGCUUUUCAGGUUUCGCGUGUUCACGUUUGAGACCUGUCCUCGAAUAUUUUUAACUGGAUUCUUGACGAACACGAGGAUCAGUUACGAGUAACUUUGUUUACGGUGAUAUAGCGUUUUACAUUAACAAGUAUUAACGAAUAAUGUUAGAGGAUGAGACUUCGAUAGUAGAUUUAAACCUUCGGAACCUUGUUCUGUUCGCUGUUGCUUACACGGGAACGUAAUUUCUGUUCCAACAUGGCGCUGGUUUUUAUUACCUUAUUCGUAGAUGUUACAACGUUCGAUUUCGGACAGAUACGAACGAUAUCGAAAUAUUUCUAACCGUAUUGAAAAUAUUGCAGUUCUUAAACAUUCGCUAAUCUAAAAGACGUCAUUUCACAAUUAUCGGUCACCGAUGGAUUUUCGUCAAACACGUUUCAGUGCUCGAGUGUUACUUCUUUAUUCGCUUCGAAGUAAAUAUUAGUCAUUUCGACGAUUGAUUCCAGUUUCACGAGUUAGGAAUUUAUUCGGAGCGCAUUCUGAAAAAUCGAACGUAUUCGAACUGAAAUUUGCUAACGAUGACUUAAUCAAAAUCACGCGAAAACCGAAGCUCUUUCGCUCCGCUUCAUGGAACAUAUUUGAAAAUCAAAAAAUGACGCACCUAAUAAGCAGUUGGGUCCAUAGGAACUAGUAAUCGAAUUGCAACAUCGGCUAUACCCAUUGGAAAGUUUAUUCGAACGAUAUCGAUAUCCGUAUUAUCAUUGCAAUGCUCGCCAAGUUUCAAUUAAAAGAAUUGUUUAUUUAAAGCCAGUAAACACGUCGCAACGAUAAAGUACCCGUUGCAAUAAAUACGAAACAUAAAAUUCCGAUAUAUAAUUUUCGGGAGACGAGAAAUCAUUUAACGUUGCGUCGCAACCCAAUCAAACUGUUGAACGGAUAAUUUAUAUUGCGAUAGGAUAAUUUAUAUCACACUUAAAUCGAGUCUACGACAAUUUUCUUGAAUUAUAUGAUUACUCUAUCGUAUUAUUCAAAUAAUACGGAUAUCCGUAUUAUCCAAGUAACACGGACAUCCGCUUUAAUCGCGCGAUGCGAGCACGCGCCAGCUGGAAUAAUAUUUGUAUAGGUAAAAAUUUGUUUUGAUUUAGUCGAACAGAGAGGAUAUCGGUGUUAAAUAUCGUGGUUUCUCGGAUAUUCGGAUGCGUGGAUACUCGUGACCCUAAAACAGGUGCACGGAACUUGGAGAUUUCUUAGAUCGAACUAACGUUUAGGCAGAGAUGUUAGGCAGAUGUGAGUUCGAUAUUUGUUUUUUUUUUUUUUUUUUUUUUUACAGAUGCUCAGAAGUAGCCGAAACAUUUAUACAUCGUUUCUGUGUCGACAACAAUUGUAUAUCGAUUUUAUACGAGAUAUUAUACUUGUCCAACUUUGGUCUUAUAUAGGUUCCAUAUAAGUUCUAUGAUCAAAUUCUUUGCAAAGUGAACCAAUUAAAUGCGUGUGGUGUAUGUAUAUAGUAUUUGUGUGCAUGAUGUCUGGUGUAGGUUACACAAAUCAAAAUUUGACGAGGAAAGAGACAGGUUCGGAUAAAACUGUGUUAAACGAUAUGGAACCGUUACAGGACUGAUUUAUAACCUCGAGCGAUCGCUGUUUUCUGAUCGAUCUUUUUAUUCUGUGGAAGCAUUAAACGUAAAAUUGAAAGGACGCGUGCAGCAUCGAAUGACACUUUUUUCGAUGCUGUUUCAAGAACCAAAACCGAUCGAAGAUAAAUUUGCGGUCUUUGUUCCGCGUUUAAUUAAUUAAUACAACCUCUUCCUAUUAUUUCGUCGAGUAAUAAACUCCACUCGGAUUUUUUCGCCGAACGUCGAGCGAUACUGCGUUCGAAAAACAAGAUCGAAUCAACUAUUCAUAGUCGUGUUUUACAACCGUUCGGUAUUUUUUGCGUCACUUGAUGACUUCAUUAGCGUAAAAGCUUUCGUUUUUGCUGUCGGGGCGAAACGCACAAAAAUUGUCGGUUUACGGAACGAUCGGCUCGAUUUCGAAUUUUAAAUAUGAACGUUCUUCGCAUCAAGAAUUAAUUCGUGGCAAUUACAACUGAGAGUUUAUAAACGGUUGUAAUUACAUUUAAUCAGUUCGACCAGGUCAGUUUUAAUUAUAUCUUUCCCGAAGUACCAUUGCCAAAAGUACAGAAAAAUACUAGAAUUCAGUGAGUGCUAGGUACAUCCUCUUCCAAGUUAACUGAUUGCAAAAUUUAAAAAAAGUAAAGCAAUAAUCAGUGGAAAACGGAUGAAACGAUACAACUAAUAAUAAUAAUAAUAACGAAAGUCAAAAGAAUCUCCAGUUUUCCAAGCCUGAUUCGAAAAUGAUCCAAAGGGGUCUCGAGUAUCGUCCAAGACUCGCGAGUUUGGAUCGUAACGCACGGUCUUAGAAGCGCAAGUUGCCCAAAGGUCGAUGUCUGUUCGCUACCACACGCGAAGAACAAUGGUAUAAAAUCGUCGAUCUCCGGGAAUGAUCGCACUGAUCCAUAAAUCGUCUAUAUUCACUUUGACAUCGUCGCCACUUACGAUUGAACAAGAGUAACAAUCGUUUUGUUCGCGUUGCAAUACGAUUACCGUUGUUCUUCUGAAUCGCGGAACCGAGGUUUAACGACGAAAGAAACUUAGAUACCAGUAGAGACCUGUAUUAUAUUACAUCCCGGUGAAUUGUCAUUGCUAAUCAAGGAUAAUCUAAUAACAAGUAUGUUACAGACUAGCGACUAUUAUGUAGCCUGAAUUGUGGGUAGUGAAUUAUCGAAUAAACUUGUUCUCUCGUGAUAAACGCCUGUGUAAAAAAUUGUUGUUUUGUCUCUGGUCUUAUCCCACCCCAUUGCAGCAUACGAUGACCGAUGAUCAAAUUUCGUUUCAGCAAACGUGAAUUUUCACGCGUCGAAAUAAAAGUACUUUGGUAUUACUAGGGUGGAUCGUGUACGUUCGCGAUCGAUGUUAUUGUCGAAACGUUAAAAAUGAAAAAAGAAUGGAGACACUUUUUUGUAGAAACACCUACGGUGAGAUACGAGUUAAAACCUUGUUCUUUUUUUUUUUUUAAUAGUAUUCGCGAAGUGCAAAUUUAUGCACGAAAAGCUGACCGCAGAGAGAAAAUUCAGGUCGACGCUAAUCAAGGUAAAAGUAAUAUUCAUGGCAAGCAGUAACAUUUAUAUUAUUUUGCGUUAACUAGACAGGUCUCGGUUUUAAUUUGAAUACAGAUUAUUUAUACGAAUCGGU